ACUAAAGAUAAAGGCUAGUAAAUGGUUUCAAGAGCCCAGGCUUUGCGCAUGCGUUUUACUGCUUGUUGAAGCCAAUCCUCUGGGCCCAGGACCUCUUACUGCACAUGCGCAGAAGGCUCAAUGACAGUCGCGCGUUGGUUAAGGCUCUGGGAAAAGGGGCAGGCCAUGUUUCAUGUGACCUGGGGGUCCAAGGUCCGAGCGUGGUCCCUGGUGCCUGCUCUCCUUGGGACUCCCCGGGCCCUGUCGUCCCUGGAGAACAGGAUGGGGGCGUACCGCAAGAUGUGGAACCCCAAGGAGCCCUGCGACUGGGCCCAGCAGUACCGCGAGCGCUUCAUUCCAUUCUCCAAGGAGCAGCUGCUCCACCUCCUGAUACAGGAGUUCCACUCCAGCCCAGCAGAGAGAGCAGCUUUGGAGGCGUUCUCAGCUCAUGUGGACUUCUGUACCCUGUUUCACUACCACCAGCUCCUGGCCAGGCUGCAGGCCUUGUAUGACCCCAUCAACCCUGACAGGGAGACCCUGGACCAGCCAUCCCUUACUGACCCCGAGCGCCUGUCCAGUGAAAAGGAUGUGCUCCAGGCUCUGAAGCCCCUGCUGGCCCAGGCCAACUUCUCUCCACUCUCUGAAGACGCCCUGGCCUAUGCACUCGUUGUCCACCACCCUCAGGAUGAGGUCCAGGUGACAAUAAAUUUGGAUCAGUAUAUCUACAUACAGUUCUGGGCCUUGGGACAGAGAGUUGGGCAGAUGCCCCACAAGUCCAGUGUGGGCUCCAAGCGUGGCUUCUUCAGAAAGUUGCCCCCUGUGGAGAGGAGAUAUUUCAAGCGCGUGGUGUUGGCAGCUAGGACGAAAGGAGGGCAUCUGGUUCUGAAGAGCUUCAAGGAUACCCCACUGGAGGGCUUAGAGCAGCUGCUGCCGGAGCUGAAGGUGCGCACGCCCAUGCUGCAGCGUGCCCUGCUCAACCUGAUGCUGGUGGUCUCAGGCGUUGUGUUCUUCGUCAAUGUGGGCAUGGUGAUACUGUCUGACCUCAAGAUGGCCACCUCCCUGCUGCUGCUGCUCUUUGCUGCCUUCAUGGGUGUGAAGGCCUCCAAGGUAUUUGGGCAGCGCCGCAGUGCCCAGGCGCUGGAGCUGGCACACAUGCUGUACUAUCGAAGCACAUCCAACAACUCAGAACUGCUCAGUGCCCUGGCACUCCGAGCACAGGAGGAACAUAUCAAGGAAGCCCUGCUGGCUCACAGCUUCCUAGCCCGCCGAUCAGGGGGCCCCCAAGGAAAACCUGAAGAGACCUCCAGGUGGCUGCAGUCAGAAGUGGAAAGCUGGCUUCUGGCCCAGUCAGGCUGUGAUGUAACCUUCAAUGGACCUCGGGCCCUAGCCCAUCUGCAAGCCCUGAGCCCCAGCUUUGGAUUGUUCCCACCACCUGAAUUGCCACAACUGGACCCGAUGGUCCUAGGCACUCCAGAGGCCCCACAGCCUGUGCUGAGGAGUAGCUACCCCUCACCCUGACCACUUACUACCAGGCCUUGUGCUGGCAGGGUGCCAAGCUCCCUCCAUGGCAAGCUGUCAAUUGUGGCAACUGCAUCUCCUUCCUGGACUUUCAGUUGUUGACAGGCUAUUAUUUCUGGCAGGCCAUUAAUUUUGCUAUGCUAUAGACUUAAGAGUAGCCAAUCGGGACUGCUGGCAGUUGCUAGGCAGCCUCCUGAGGCCAACCAAUCAAAGCCGUUUAUUUCAACUUGUUAUUUUAUUUCUUAGAUCCGCCCCUGGCGGGAACCUCACCAAGGUCGGUGGAGGAGGCGGGGCUUGGGGAAGCUCACACAGCUGCUGGAUUGCAGCUGCCAGCCUUGGCCACAUUGAGGUGGGCUGCUAGGCGGGGGUGAGGGGUGGGGGAUGGGGGGAGUUGAGGGAGGGGGCUGCUUCAUUUUCUAUUUAGCCUGCGCAGAACUGCUUGCCACAGGCACCUGAGCAGGGCCCACUGCAACCCGAGAGCCAUUUGCCCCUGGCACACAGUGGAUGACAGACACUGGGCACCUCAGCCACAGGCAGCCAAUCAGAAUGUCUGAAGGAACCUCCUCAGAAUCCACGUGAGAUGAGCCAUCUGUUUUGCAGCUGAUCUGUUCUGGUUGGAGGCACUGGAAACUUCCUGCCCCAAAGAAGACUUGCAGGAUACCAGCCCAGGAUCACGCCAGCUCAGGCCCCAGCAGGCUCCUAGGCCUGCUUCGCCUUGCUGCAGAAAUCAUGUUAGCCUGGGUCUCCCUAUCUGUGCACUGUUUGUCACUUCACCCUCUUACAAAGGAAUAAAUCAUGCUUAAUAAAUCUG